UCCAAAAUACAUAGCAAAGCUUUAUUUUAUUUAUCACCUUUAAGUACCACCUGUCUCAUUCAAAUGAGUAUAUGCGCUCCUGUAUACUUUCAACCCAUAGACAGGCUGGGUCACCUUCUCAUCGGAAUCGGACCACAAUUGUUAUGAGCUUCCUUUGAGAAAUGAACAGUUGCUUCUCAUCAAGUAGUUUCUCUCGGAAUUUUUAUUAGUGAAAACAGAUGUUCCUCCCUUUGCCCUAUUUAUCAUAACGGAUAGUUCUUUCUUUUACGUUUUAGGACGUAAUUUCUACAGAUAAGGGGAUGGACAAAGGGCACUUGGCAUUUUUUCAGAAGCUAAUAAUUAAUCCAGGAUGAUUUCCUUUCAAGCUCCCUCUCUUCUACACUACAUUUGCUACUCUUGAGCAGAAGGGCACAGAGAGCAAGGAGGCACCGACGAGCAACAGCAGGAGAGCCAGCAUGGUAUCCGUGGGACUCCAGCUGGUUGGCUACAUUUUGGGGCUGCUGGGCUUGCUGGGCACCCUGAUAGCCACCCUGCUGCCCAACUGGCGGAUCAGCUCCUACAUCGGCUCCAGCAUCGUCACAGCGGUUGGCUUCUCAAAAGGACUCUGGAUGGAGUGUGCAAUCUACAGCACAGGCAUCACGCAAUGUGACAUCUACAACUCUCUGCUCAGCCUGCCUACGGACCUCCAGGUGGCCCAAGCCUUGAUGGCCACCUCCAUUGCUGUAGGUUCGCUGGCUGCCAUUGUCUCUGUGGCAGGGAUGAGAUGCACCAUCUUCUCUCAGAGCUCCCCAGCAAAGGACAAAGUGGCGGUUCUGGGAGGAGUCACUUUUGUCCUGGGGGCAUUGCUCAGUUUCAUCCCUGUUGUGUGGAAUAUGCAUGUGAUCCUCGGCGACUUCUACAACCCCCUUGUGCCCGACAGCAUGAAGUAUGAGAUUGGGGAAGCCCUGUACUUGGGCAUCCUGUCUUCCUUGAUCUCCUUCACUGGCGGUGCCAUCCUCUGUGCCUCCUGCCCACCGCGGGACUCUCAAGCAACCUGCUACCGUCCUCCUCAUUCUCAGACCAUGGCAGACAGGAGCUCCCGGCCAUCUCCAAAGGCCAGUGCCUACAGCCAGACUGGUUAUGUGUAGCAGCGGCUGCCCCCCCCCAUGAAAACGCUUGCUGGAUGCACUGAAUAGGUAAGCAGAGAGACAGAUUUAGUCCUCCCACAACCCUCCUUUCAUCCUCAGCACUCCUACUGUCUCUUCCCGGUGCAGCUUGGCGCUGCCAGAGGUGUCCUGUUGCAUGUCAACUGUCUGGUGGCUGCAGUUUCUUCAAGGCCCGUGGGGCUGUUUCCUCCGAAGGUCUCCCUGCUACCAAGCAAAGUGCCUGAUGACUGCACAGCACAGGAGCAACCCAUUUGGAGGAGUCACAGGUGCCCAUCAAGCCUCUACUGUGCGCCUCUCAAAUCCUGUCUUCAUCCCACCUCCCAUUCCAUAGGAUUCAGCCCCAGGGUGGGAAGUGGGACUUCAGGAUUUGAGGGGUGGGGGAGGGCAUAGCUCAGUGCUGUGGGGGAAAACACUCACCGUUUCUGGGAGAAACCCGAAAGUCCUUGGUAAGGGAAUAAAAAGACACCCCCCCCAAACUGUUGGAGCCCAGAACAAGGGGAUUGAUGGCAGAACCGACCAAGGAUACCUGGGGCAACCUCUUCCAAGAGAUGAUAAGACCCCUGUCCCUUGCCCUCUCUUCAGCCAGGGAGAUUUCCAAAAGGAUGACAAGGUGCUUGCAGCUGCUGUUCUUUGGGUCUCAACAGCCUGUAUUUAGCCUCUGGUUUUGAAGAGGCCGAAAUGUACCCGCUCUGUGGGUGGGUACACGCUGGUCUUGGCAGAUGAAAGAACUCCAUGGACAGGCCUGCUACACCUGCUCUGGGAUCAAAGGGCCGCUCCCUCCGCCCACCCCCCAGUGCUCCGAGCUUGAGGCGCCUUUGGGCUCAGAGGGGCUCAGUGGUUUCCCUGGCCAAUACAGAAUUCCUGCUCAAGGAGGGAUUGGACCCGAAGACGCCGAAGGCCCCUUCCAAGCCUGGGACUCCACAUGCUACUCUAAAGGCCAAGGACAGGGGCGGGACUGAGGGGCUUCACUGUCUCUGGGAAAGAAGAACUGCCAACCUCUAGACCGAUUCCUUCCGGCCUAGGAGCCAAGGAAAUAAGAGGACUGGGAUGACCCCCAAGUACUUCGGGCCCAUCCCAAAGAACUGAGGCCAGCAAAGCAUGCCCGGGACGGAUCACUUGUUCUUCCUCCUGCUCCAGAGAAAUCUAUUGGCACCGGCCUGUUUGCCUGUUGGUCUAUUUAGCAAUGUCCUACAAUAGGGAUUUAAAAAAAAAAACAUGUGUUCCCAGAAGAUGAGCUCAUGCUUUGGGAAGAAGAAGAAAAAAAAAAGGGGCGGGGGGGCGGGAGGGCAGGCAGCCUGAGAGUUGGAAAAUGGGUACAAGGGAAGAUGGGGACCUGAUGCAUGGUUCUCCCCACAUAUGGGGUCAGACAGGUAACUAGAGGGAGACAUGUAGAAGCUGAAAAGCCCUAAACUGGCCGUUCCCGAACUAGUUGGGAGUUCCUGCUCCAGCAAAGGCUUGGCUUAAAGAAAACAUGUGCAGCCAAGUGGGAUUCCCAGAACCAGCAGGCGGUGAGCCUCCAGAGAGUUGCUGGGGACAUGACAGUGGCCACACAAACAGAAACAGUGGGGAAAGAUCUAAGAGUCCACUCAGGACCAAGAUAAUCCCUUCAUGACUGAAGACAGGAAGGGUUGGUUAAAGAGCCCAGGAGAUGGACAAGCAGUAACUGAGCUCAUGCAAUGGAUUCAUCCUGGCAUGGUCCUCUCUCUUGCAGGGCCACUUCAAAGCAGAUCAUGGACAGCAGAGGGCUGGGAACUCUACCGGCCUUUUCUAGCUUCAGCAACCUAGGAAUUCAUUGGCCCAGUUUAAACAUGCUGAUUUGAAGGUGCAAGACUGGGCCAUUCCCAGGUUGGAGGACCAGGAUGCGGCCAUUCCUCCUUGCAGGGCUUCAAAAUUGGAUGUGGCCGACACAGAGAAGCAUUGGGGUGUCCCAAAAGAGUGAGAUGCCAGGAUGGAAUUCCAGAACUGGGAGACAUUCUAUACAAAGGAAAGUCUUUUUCCAUGAAUUGAGGGGGUGGUAGGUGUAUAGCUUUGUGUAACAGUUAUAAGCCAUGACAAUGGUAGCUUCCUGUUACAAAAAAUUCAGCAGUGUUAUUUGUAUUUUCUCCCAGUCAUGCCAGUGAUGGAGGAAGGGUCAGCAUCCUUGGGCAAAGGAGCAAGCUAAGCUGUGGGUGAUGCCUUCUUCCUUGCAGGAAGAGUCAAGAGGCAGGCUGUGGGUGGAAGCUGUUUCUCCUGCCUUCUUCGGGCCCACCGGGGAGAGUGUGGGGCCACAGCUGAGCUCCUUUCAGAACAGCUAGCUGCCCAUGAAUUUACGCUUCCACAGCUUAUGCAGGCAAAGCUUGGAGGAGUGUUUAGGAAAAAAUCCUUUUGAUUAAUGCAUCGCUGCGUUACCGCUAUUAACCUUUGCAAACCAAUAAAGCUAUUUUCCUGAUAAUAGGUGACGAAAGCAUUCUUGCCAUUCUCCCCUUCCCCACCCCCCACCCCCACCCCUCCAGGGGGAAAUGGUUCCUAAGGUGAAGGAAUUGAAAAGGGAUUUGUUCUCUCUCUAUAGACUUGAGUGCUCCUUGAAACAAUCCACCAUGUGACCCCCUUAAGGAGGGGAGAAUGCAGUCUGGGCGACUGCACGCCCAGCGGAUUCUGCAAGAGCUAGGACAGGUCAGGGUAGCCUUCCGACACCUGGCUCUCCUUUAAUAACUUUCUUGCUGAGCCUAUAAUUUUUUCCCUAGCGCUGCCCCCUUGGAAUGAGGGAAGCCCAAGCAGCCAUAGGUAUCUGGAACAAAACCCGACAACCGGCUGCACUCUUUUACUAAUCAGGGUGGGGCCACGAGAUUUCCAUGACCCAGAGAAAAAAAGGAACCAGGAGAGGUAAUUCUGGAGCAGAAAGACCCAGGGGGUGGAUGUGGGAGACCCCUCCUAAGAACGCGCUUCUGCGGAGAGGAGCUGUUGGGACAAGACCAUCUCAGAGGCAACAGAGAAGGAGCAGCAUUUGUCAAGCAAGGCUUAACUCACCAGUUGCUCUUACUUUCCCCCUUUAGCCAAGAGAGAAUUCAUUACAAGGAUGAAGCCUCCCCAGCCAGUUCUGGGCUCCCGCAGAUCAGACUCCCUCCCUUUGUCACAGAGGAAAAGGAAGGGUGGAAGCACCCGUCAUGUAGUCACGUCCCCUGCUACGCUCC